UCCCUCACAGCAGCAGCCUGCUCCCUCAUCCUCCUCCUCCGUCUUCUCCGUCCGACAAUGCGGGCACAAACUAAGGAUUUAUAAUUUCUCCACCGCUCGCUCGUUUCUUCCUCCUCUGCACGGACUUGUUCCAGGGAUGCUGCGGCAUCCACAGAUCUGAGCAGUCAGAGAAGAGAAACAGGAGCGAGGAUAAAUCCCACCCCUGACACCAGCUCCACCUGUACAGCCCCACCGUCCGACCCCAAACCCAACCUCCCCUUGCCCCUCUCACAGCUCCAGGGCUCUCCAAGGGUUCCUUGCCGGGUUCUCCAAAGGGUUCUCUGUGGUGUUCUGUAGAGCUCCAUACGCCUCGGGGCCUCAGACCUUCAUGCGUCUCCCAGCAGCAGAGUCCACCCACACCUCCACCCACCACACCACCACCACCUCUACCAUGAGCUGUGAACAGGAGUUUGGAGACGGCGCCAUGGGAGUCACGCUCACACUGCGCCUCCUCAUGCACGGAAAGGAAGUAGGAAGCAUUAUCGGAAAGAAAGGAGAAACAGUGAAGAGAAUACGAGAAGAGAGCAGCGCAAGGAUCAACAUCUCAGAGGGUUCUUGUCCAGAGAGGAUCAUCACCAUCACGGGGCCAACAGACUGUGUGUUCAGAGCCUUCACCAUGAUCACGUUCAAACUGGAGGAGGACCUGACAGCCUUGGUAGCCAACGGCACGGUGACCAGCAAGCCUCCUGUCACUUUACGGUUGGUCAUCCCAGCGAGCCAGUGCGGCUCCCUCAUUGGCAAAGGCGGGUCCAAGAUCAAGGAGAUCAGAGAGACAACAGGUGCCCAGGUUCAGGUGGCAGGUGACCUCCUCCCCAAUUCCACAGAGAGAGAAGUGACGAUAUCAGGGAGCCAGGACGCCAUCAUCCAGUGCGUCAAACUCAUCUGCACUGUAAUCCUAGAGUCUCCGCCAAAGGGAGCGACUAUUCCAUACCGGCCCAGCCCAACCCCAGGAACUGUGCUGCUGGCAGGAAACCAGGUGUUCGAGGCUUCAGACUUUGGCUCUCACCCCCUGUUCUCAGUGGCACAGGGAGGAGUGGACCUGCAGCAAACAUAUGCAGUUCAGAGCCACUAUGGCAUUCCACAUUCAGAGUUAGCAAAGCUGCACCAGUUGUCAAUGCAGCACCAAGGCCUGGCCCCAAUCAGCCAGUCAGCUACACAAGUACUGCCAGGAGGGGUGGAAGCUAAUUCCCAGACCACGUCUCAGGAGCUGCUCAUUCCAAACGAUCUGAUUGGCUCAAUCAUCGGCCGCCAGGGCACCAAGAUAAACGAGAUCCGGCAGGUAUCAGGGGCUCAGAUCAAGAUCGGCAGUCAGAUCGAUAGCACCAGCGACCGCCACGUCACCAUCACCGGCACGCCGAUAGCCAUCAACCUGGCUCAGUAUUUAAUCACUUCAUGUUUAGAGACCGCCAAAUCCACCGCCCAGUCCUCCUCCAUGCCGUCUCCCGUUGAUCUGACCAUGAGCUUCACCCAGCCCGCCCCCCCUGCCUCCGCCUCGUCCUCUUCCUCCUCCCCCCUGGCAGCGAUGGGCGCCGCACUGCCCCACGCUCCAAUCCUGGGUGCUCCCUACGCCCUCCCCCUCUCCAGCCUCCUGGGAGUGAAAUCCAUCCCCUACCUGGCACUCUCCACCCCUCCUGCCUCAGCAGCAGCGGCGGCGGCGGCGGCGGCAGCAGCGAUCGGGGCUCCGGUGCUACCUGCCUCAGUGCAGACAGCGGCGGCGACAGCUGCUGUUCCGGUUCCGGCUCACGCGGCGGCGGCCCUGGCGUCCUACACGGCCAAGAUCUCAUCCUCAGCCAACGGGAUGAAGAAGCCAGAAAGACAGAAGUUUGCGCCAUACUAAAGACGGCGCAGGAAAGAAAGAGGUAGCUUCUGGGCUGGGUUUAGAUGUUUCGGGCCAAUUUUAUUUUAUUUUCACUACUUGUUCACUUCUUUGCCUCUCCACCUCUUCUUUUCUUACUGACUGUUUAAAAGAAUCAAAGUGGGAUCGUUGGAACAUGAACGCUGUUGAAUCACCAAUGGAAACUCUGAACAGCAACAAACAGGGUUUCUCCUCUGGCCCAUGAACUCAGAACCUGCUGAGGAACUCUGACAGUUUAGGUUUGCUCACCACAAACUACAAAAGUUUGUCGUUUGCAGCUCAGCUAACCCUACCCUCUGCUGCAGACAAAUAUACUGCACCAUCAUCACAUGUGAGAUCUGAGUUAAUGUUGCUGAUGGCAGGUAGCCUUAACCCUAAGUCAGGGCACAUGUCUUUGACAACUUUUUGGUCCUUAGCACUGGGAACAAUUCAGAGGCAGAGUGUUUAGUCUGCACCAGGUCUUUUAUUUUGGAGAUUUACCUCAUUUUAUAUGCCGUUCUGUGUCUGAAUACCUGCCCUCCUCUUUUGCAGCUUGAUGUGGCUUCUUUCAAAAACUAGAUCUGUGCCAUUUGGAGCAAUGCAGAGCAGAGACCCACUUCUGGGACUUCUGAAACACUCCACAGUGUAUUUAGUGGGACUGUACGAGCACAAUUAGCUCCGUUUGUCACUUUGGUACUGGAACAUAGUGCAAACAUUGCAAACAUGCAGGGUGUAUUCCCAGGGUAACCCUACACCAUCAGGGUAUACCAUCUUUGAAAAGUCUCAGCAAUCAAGGGGAAAAAUGUACGUUUUAAUUCUAACCCAGAUUUUUUUUCCCAAAAGUAUUUUUGGGUUAAAAACGCCUUGCUGUUUGUGUGGAGCAUAAGCAGCAGCUACAGCCCAAAUAAACAGGCCAGUCUAAACUGACUGCAUUAAUAUACUGUAUUGAUGGGUACAUCAGCCAAUAAAGAGCAAAAAAUGUGCAGAAAGUACAGAAAAAAUCAAAGAUGUUUUAACUAUAACUGAGUAUAAAUAUACAAAAUGCUAAUUUGAGAUAAAAUAUAGAUUAUGAUACAAAAUGAUGGAGCAAAUGAAAGAAAAUCAUGAUUUGAUUGUUUCAGUCCCUGUUAGACAAAAGUAACUGCAUAUCGUCAUAAAAAGACAGGGAAGGACUCCUUUCUUAUCAGAUUUAACCUGGUUUCCCUCACCACUGACAACUUGCGUGUCAGACAGCAUGAUAGCGCAAUUAGACCAAAGACCAGCUGCCAAAAAGGACUUAUGUGCUCUGGCCAAAAGUGUCAACUGAAUCUUGGAGGAUAGCUACGACUGCAGACUAUCACGACCGCCAACAAGUCACCACGUGGGCAACAGAGAAGCUAAAAUAUCUCACAAAUAAGUGCUGAUGGGCAGCACGGUGGAGUGGUUACCAAAACCACUGCUUUUGAAAACAAACGUAAGCGCUAAUGCUAGGGUUAACUCAGCUGCACCUCGAACUAGUAGGAAAACCCCUAAAAAUAGAGCUGCAUGCUGGCUGUAAUGCAGAAAGUUUCUUAUUAAACUUCAACUGACAAAAAGAAGCAGUCACAAUUAACCGAGAACCUGCUGAGGAGCUCUGACAGACUGCAGAAGUCACGGCUAUCAGAAAUCCAAUGAGGGAGGAUUUUAGAUUUCCAUGCAGAUCUCUGUCUCAGCCACACAAAGUGGAAAAUAAAGAAAGCUAAAUACAGCAUGAACAGUAAUACUCUUCACCUUGCUUUUUUAACCUCUUUUUCAUAUCAGAUAUUUUUCUUUGAGUAGCACUUUUAAACACAAAGUUUGAGAACCUUUUAUCAUCUCAAAGCGAGGCAUGUAGGACCAGAAUGAAAAACACCAAAAGCAAAAUAGGACAAUCCUGUACAGCAGCUUUGUAAGGCUGAUGGAUCACCAUGUACAAACCUCUCAGGGUCACUGGCUCCUCUCUACUUCCCUCUUGUAGAUAAGUGGUCCACAACACAGCCACAAGUGGAAGAACGUCAGGAAAAUAAUUUUGCUACUCACUCAGACAAACCUAUGGAUGCUUUAAUGUCUCUGUCAUGAAGUCUGAAUCCCAGACAAGCCCCCAUAUUUUUCAGUUUCCCAGUGGAUGAGGGGAGGUAACAAUAAAAGUGUCCAGCAGGAAGGGGACAAAGGUAGAAUCAGGAACAAAACAAAGAUUACCAGUUUAAAUAUUAAAAAAAGACAAGCUGCUCUUAUUGAAGACAAAAAAGAAACUAUAAUGAAACCAAGAAGUUGAUGAACAGCUGCUGGUACUUGGUGUCAGCAGAAACCCAAAGCCAAGGUAUUGGUGUGGUAGUUGGAUGGGUGCAUCACUACUUAUUACCUGACAUAAUAAAGUCUCAGCUGUUUCCUGUCAAAGAACCAAACAAAAAGCAAGUAAACUGGUCAGUUAGUGGGUUUAAAAAGGAAGCGUUAUUUUAUUAAUAGAAAACCAAGCAAAGAUGAUGGAAUAGUGCAACUCUUAGAUUAAUCCACUGUUUGUUUGUUGGUACCACUGCAGAACAGGAACCGGUACUUUUGAUACUGUAUUACCCUGUGAUGAUAAUACUAAUGUACUUUUACUUGUUGUGGAUUUUGAAAUCCUCCUGUCUUUUACAUUUGCGUGUCCUCCUUCCUCCUCUGGUCACAUUAAAAAAAAACACUGUAAGGAUAUUCCUGUCUGCCCCUUGGAAGAAGCAGAGACAUUAAAAAAAGACAUCCAUCUGAUUUUUGAAGGAAACGUCAGAAUCAGCAGGUCUGAGGCAUCAUUUUCCAACAAUCCCACUUCACCUAGAAGUCUACCCUAAUUUUCCUGAUGUCUUUUUGCAGCUUGGCCCUUUUCCGAGUUCAGAGGGUUAGUGGGUGUUUGCAGCCACUGAUAUUUACGGUCAUUUGGGCCACAAAGCCUGUAAAAGCCAUAGAGACUAUUCUGCUUCCCCUCCUCGUCUGUGUCCUGCUCUCUUUUUGUCCGCCGCUCUUUAUCCUAUUGUAUACUCGCAUAUUUAUUAACUAUUGUGGAAUAUUCCCUCAGAGUUUAUAAUCACUGGUCACUAACACUGAGCUGAAAACCUCGGCUUUUGUAUACGAUGAUGUCGACUUGUAAAUGACUAUUCUCUGUCUGCUUACUGUCUGUUUUUUUCCCUUCAGUAUUUGUUCUAUAAAGUUUUUUUAAGACAUACAACAGAUUUAAAACCGUUUUUGCAUCUGUUCUCCUUCAAAAUGUGUUGUUUAAAUUAUUUUUUAACUUAUUGAGAGGAGUAUUACAGUUUUAGUUCAUUUUCCAACAUGGCUGCAGGUAAAUACUGUAAAACUGUAUUUUAGUUUCUGUAUUUUAGUGUGUGAACAAAAUUUAUUUUCUUCUUUGGGGAAAGAUAUCACUGUACCAUUAUUGCUAAUAACCAGGUGUUUUUGUUAGAAGAGUAGUGUUUUCACUUGUGAUCUCAAACAGGCCAUUUUAGCUCUCACUCACUCACUCACACACACACACACACACACACACACACACACACACACACACACACACACACUUUCUAACUGGGGAUGUGUGUUUGUAAAUGUCUGCCCUGCUUCAGCAUCCACAGAACUAGAAUAAAAGAACUGCCACUUUCUGCUAACGUAUUAAAUAUAUAUCUCAGACUUGGAGAUGUGACAGCAUUGCACCAUUUGGCUGUUUUUUACUCGAUAUCUUUGGACGUCUCUGUGAGGAACUUUGGAAAAGUGAGUUCUUGAUAGCCAGACAUCUGAAGUAAUUACUGUGUGAGUACUACAGAUCAAUAACACUGUCAGCUCUUAGCAGAUAUAUCAGGGACACGCUCUGAUAAGGAGGAGAUGAAUGGCAUUAACAUUUUAUGACAUGUAAAAAAUUUUAAAGUGGACUUAUUGUGCGCUUUUCCUCAUUUCCUGCCAUGCAUCUCCUGUUCCAGUGUUUAAUAUGAGCAUCCAUCAGUUUCAGAUAAUGAGGUCAGUGGAUGCACAAGUGGGUGUAAUCCCUGUGAGCCAGAGGUUCAGGCCUCAGCAUGCUCUGAGGGGGCAUAUCCUUAUGGUCAGCUAUGUGACUGUGACCACACCCACCUGCAGUCUGUGAGCAGCAGCCAAUCAGAAAAAAAGUUUGCUUAAAGUGGGAGGAGCUAAAACAGCUUAUUUCAGACACCUGCAAACCUGAGAGGCUGCACCAGGGCAAAACAUAAGACAGAGCAGGAUUAUUUUGAACUGUGAAUCAUGUGAAGGUCCCGUAGGCAUGUCCAAGAAUCUUAAUAUGAGCAGAUUAGAUCCACUUCAAAGAAGAUGGCAUCAGGAUGGGGUAAUUGUCCAGAAAUUGGUGUUCGACGUUCGUUUAGCUCAUUUCAAAUUGUAUUUUUCUCAAAUUGUUAACGUUCGUAUGCAUCACACAAGUUCAUCAUAAUUAUAAUCUCCAGUGGAUAACAGCAGCUUGAUCCCUGAUUCGUCUUUGUAUGUUUUAUUCUUGGACUCUGGUAGACUAGCUUUGCGUGAUUCACACUGUAAAAAUAAUCCUGAUCUAUUUCAUACUUGGUGCAGAGCCUCAGGUCAUCAUCUGUCUGUGUGUGUGAGCUCCUCCCCCUUUGGCUGCUCGCUGAAAAGGAGGUUUGAACAGCAGACUUGUGGGAUUUCUGUGCUCCUGUACAUGCAGUGACAUCAUUAUGGUUAAUAUGAGCAUCCAGCACUGGAACAGGAGAGAAGACAGAAGAGGCAAAGCAGAAAAGGUUCUGGAUUCAUCCUUAUUUAUUACAGCUUUUCCUCUGAGAACAACUUCCUGUUGGGACCAAAGCAACACAAUGAGAGCCGAGAGAGUGAAGCAAAACCAUAAAGAUGCUUCACUCGGUGUGAGGUUCUCUCUACAAGUGACUCCUUGUUACAUACAAGCAGUCAUGUUGUAGACAGAUGUCUGAUGGAAGUUGUUACUUUCACUCUGGUGACGCGCUUUGCAGGAAAUGCUCAUCUUAUUUGCAAAGUUAUGGAAUCAGUGCUAAUAACUGGAAACCAAAACAAGUGAAACGUGCUUGCACACAACCAUGAACACUAGGAUGUGUCGACUCUUAGGUGAUCGAUCCCUCUAUCAUCACAGACUGUUAAUCAAAGACAGACUCGGCCACUGUGGCGUCAGAUCUGAAGGUUUUCACGUCUGUGUUUUGAAACUGGAUGUCACGGGUGAGCGAAACUCCAGGCUCACUGCAGACACGCCCACCUUUAGCAGCUGUCUGGACCACAGUUUACAAAAUGAUCAUCGUGUUGUUUUCAUUUACAUUUCAAACUAGCGUUUGAGGCCCGAGACUCAUCAGGAAAGCGUUUACGGAAGUUGUGACGCAUGUGAGACCAGGACAGUCGCCCCCUGCUGGCCAUUGGAAAGGCUGCAAGUUUAAGGGAGCCAGAAGUUGCAUUUAUAUGCAGUCUGUGGCAGUAACUGAUGAGAGCUGUUAGAAAUGUGACUCUGCUUAUUGUAGUUCUGUGGCAGUUUGUGAAAGUAAAAAAAAAAACAAAACAAUUAUUUGAUUUUUUUUUUUUAAUUUUGUUCAGAUUCAGCUGAUGCAGUUUCCUGCCAGAGUGUCAGAGACUAAUGCUGCAUGUUUGAUUGGCCUCACUAACACACACACACACAAACAUGUAAAUACACACUCAUACGACCAUGAAAUUAGUGUAACGCACACACGCACCGAGGCCCCGGUCUUUGCACUGACAGUGUGAACUCAAAGCAAUACUAAACAGAGCCGUAUGAGUAGCUACGCAUUGCAGAGCAACAGCAGCGGGCAAACAUGGGUGUGUGCGCUUUCCAGCUGUAACAAAUACAUUAACAUUCAACUCUAUGGGGUGUCGAUGCUUCUCUGUUCCUUCUGUUUGUUUCUAAAAAGACUGACGAUGAUGAUAAUGUGGUAUAUUUAACAAGCUCACUUAUUUUUAUAAAUAAUGUUAUGAACUGAACUGUGGACACCUGUUUAUGCACAUUCGUCCUCUCGACACUCACCACUUUUCUUUGUCGCCGUCCUUGCUUUUCAUCGUCCAUGUGUCCUUCAUACAUUUGCAUGAGUCUGACUUGAAUUGAUGUCUAUGCAAAAUCAUCUCUGUGCGGUUCAGCUCCGACCCCUGCGUGGGUUCAUGUGGAGGCUGUGCUGGUGCUUGUGAAGUGCAGCUGAAGUGAAAGGGCUACAGUGGACUAAGGCUCUGGCUCGCAACGCACCUGCCCUGAAGAUUAAUGAGAAAACAUAACAACAAAAAUCGAAUCAUAAAGAACAAAAGCAUGAUCAUAAAGUGAAGCUUACUAAACAAACAAGUUUAGUAAGCGAGUUUUGGGAUUUUGAAUGAUGUCUGGAGAGUCUCUUUAUAUUUUGUGACCCUGGGACACCAAGUAGAAGUAGAUGAAGGGCAGGUGUUUCCACCAGCUCCUGGUUCCCUCCACAAAAUCCUGCUGCCACGUCCUCCAGUGGGAAUUACAGUUCAGGUCCAGAACUAAUUUGGUGUAAACAAAUCAACAAUGUAAGGAAAUGUAAAGAGUAUAACUCAAUUUUUAGAUAAUAUAUCAAACUGUGUCAGGCCAACCACCUCAGAUGUUUCUCAUAAUUACUCUAACAUCUCCAACACGUUGCUACUUUACGUCUGAUUUUCAAAUCGUUUUGGUUCCUAUUGGUUCAGACUUGUAAGCACAUGCGCAUCACCGGGCAGAGCUGAUGUUUUGUGUGUCUCAAUCUGAAUUUUAACUGUUUUUUAAACUUAAAAAUGUACAAGCAUAUUUCUCUUAAAAUGUGUCCUAACAUUUCCUCAUCAACUAACAAAAGAUGGAACCAGAAAUUAUUUCAUUUGCAUGAACACAAAUCAGGACUUUGGUUUUGGCCCAUGGCAUGAAAAAUAUAAAAAGGCCCUCCAGACAUCAUUUUAAGAGUCUGCUCUGAAGAAUAAUUUGUGCCUGAUUAGAUUUUUUUUUUCUCACAAAAACAACAAAAUCUUUUUUGCAGUAAUAACUAGAAAAAACAGGUUUUGGAAGAAUAUUAGCAGGAGACAUGUUGAAUGUUGGGAUCUUAAAUACAAAAAAAAAAAAAGUCCCACAGCAGUUUCUAAGACUUCAAUUAACUUCUGCAAAAAUCUGCUUGAUUUAGAGAAACACUGACAGCAGACCUCAGCUGAACAUCCAUCCUUUGAGGGAGGCUUAACUCCAUCUCAGCUCUGGAGUGAACAGUAGCAACAGAUUCUUUAUGAAAACAGCACAUUUUUCACUCUUAUUAAAAUUCAAAGUCUGUAAUAAUUUUCUGAGGAGAAAAAUCACACGCUCACAGAGGUAGCCUUGGAAACAAAAACACAGGCACAUUAUUGCUCUUCAGGGUGGAUGUGUUGGAGAAUCAGAGCGUGGAGACGGUGGACGGACGUUUCAGCGACGCUCUCCGAGGCUCCAACACGGAGAUGAAACACUUUGUAAAGACGCUCUCAUUGCAGGUUGUACGACAAAAACACACACAGCGUGUACAGCAAACAGAUUGACAUGGAGACACACUCGUUCACCCUGAACCCACGGCUGAACGGUUAUGAAUAUUGUAUUGCACUUGAACAUGAAAAAUCCAUUAUGACGACAUAUUCUCUGAGUAUGAACUUCCACCUUUUUGGUUUUAAUUUCUGCUUCCUGUGAAGACGGGACGUUUUGCUCUUUGUAUAUCAGCCUGAUGUGUUUGUGAUUCUCUGUUUUCUUUCAUUCAUGCCAUGUUCUAAUAAAUUAAACC